AUGGCUGUGAUGAGGUGGCUGAUGCAGUUCGCUGGGUUUACGGAAAUGCUUUUGGGUGAUCUCUUCUUGGAUAAAAUCGCCAUGGAAUGUGGUGUUAAUACUUCUGCUGAGUAUGAAAGGUGGAGAGAAAACUUCUUCCAUGAACUUGAAGUUGUCUUUGUCGAUAUGAUAAUCAUUCGUCUCUGUCUUUGUGUUCAUGAGCAGUUUGGGAUCAAUGGAAGGGUUGAGGUCAUUGAUGCCUCGAGUUCUGACCAGACCAAGCUUCAGGGCGGAUAUACAUAA